AUGGGCUCCACGGCAGAGGCACGCAAGCAAGACGCCACCGGCCCCGGCAGACGGGGUCACGCACGAUCCAACGACAACACCACAACGCGCGCCGGCGGCAUCCCAAGAGCGACGACCGCCGACGGAAUGACUGACAAAGAAAUACGAGUCCCUUCUUACUGUACUCUCUCUCGUACGAGGCGACGAGCGACGCACCUCGGUGCGCAGGACGGGCCCGCUCACAACGAGCAGCCUGCACGAGAAAAAAAAAACACAAAAAAGACCAACACGCCGUCGCGACAGACGAAUACGGCAGUGCCCGGAACCAGGGGCCGCAGAAGCAAAAAAAUCUCACCCCCGUAA